AUUUCGGAAAUAAUGUCUUCGAACGAAGACAGAGCCAAGGAAAUUCUGAAGGGUUUUAAAUUAAACUGGAUGAACCUGAGAGAUGCUGAGACAGGGAAGGUUCUUUGGCAGGGGACAGAAGACCUGUCCGUUCCUGGGGUUGAGCAUGAAGCUCGAGUACCCAAAAAGAUCCUCAAGUGUAAAGCUGUUUCCAGAGAGCUGAACUUCUCCUCCACAGAAAAACUGGAAAAGUUUCGGCUGGAGCAAAAAGUUUUUUUCAAAGGCCAAUGCCUAGAAGAAUGGUUCUUUGAGUUUGGGUUUGUGAUUCCUAAUUCAACAAACACAUGGCAGUCUUUGAUAGAGGCAGCUCCAGAAUCCCAAAUGAUGCCAGCUAAUGUGUUAACUGGCAAUGUUGUUAUAGAGACCAAGUUCUAUGAUGACGAACUCCACGUCAGCACCUCUCGAGUACGGCUCUUCUACGUCUGA